AUGAUUGACCACGCGCAAGGUUACACACAAGAUCAGACCACCUCUCGGCCUAAUACUCUUUUGGAUGACGCUGAUGAUAUACAAAGGCAAUUGGACAAUGAAGUACGAGAUCGACUUCAAUAUGGACAGCCAAAAACUAUUUGGGUGUUCCAUAUACCAACACAAUUCCCUGAAAUACUGACUAGUCCAUUAAAUCUGGUGAAACGAUUUCAUAUCAUGUCGAAGGGUAAAUACAAAAACCAUAAUAUAAACGAGGACAGCAAAGGAACGAUGAUCAAAAGAUGGAGCUUUAAAGAUCAAAAUAAAUGGUUUCAAAAUUAUCCUGAGUGUAAUGGCCGAUCGCAGUCACCUGUCAACAUACCAACAAAGGGUCUAAUAGAAGCGAAACACAGUCGAAGCCUGAUUUUCGCUAAUUAUGACUUGCGCCCACAUAGUUACAAUUUACGUUAUAUUAAAGAUCAACCAAGGGUCAUACUAUUCGGUUUCUGGGAUCCAAACCGUAGGCCGAUGGUGUAUGGCGGUGCUGCCCACAGUCGCCGCUACCUCUUCCACUCCAUGUCGUUACGCUGGCCCUCAGAACACAGGAUUGAGGGAGUGCAGUGCCCUCUGGAGACGCAGGUGCUGCACAUCUCAGCGGAGUAUAGAACUAUGGGUGACGCGAUAGCUGCGGCGCCCAGGGAUCGUCUGGCAUUCCUUGGAAUUGUUAAUCUGUUUAUGUACCAAAAUAGAACUCAACGUGGAGUUAAAGAAAUAAUCAUGGCAAUGAAGACAAGAAGGUUUAAUUCUACGAUUCCACUACCCUUGAGUUAUUUCAAUCCACCGUUUAAGAAAUAUGCUUGCUAUCAAGGAUCGCUGACUGCUCCACCAUGCACAGAGACAGUAUUGUGGCUUAUAAGAGCUAAAAGCUUACCGAUCACUAGGCAUGAAGCUCAAUCCUUACAAAAUCUAAUGACAGAAGAGUACCAAGGGAGCCUCCUGCGACAAACGCAACCUUUGAACGACCGCAAGAUAUAUUUGUUUAAUUAAA